AUGCGAGGUGCGUUGCUGACGCCCUCCAGAAAACACUGCGGCUUAAAACAAUUUCUACACAAACGGCCGAGCGCCAUUGAGCCGCGCUCGCCAAGCGCGUUUCCGUCGAACUCCUCCAGCAUGCUACUGCUGCAGACACACAGCAACUACGGUUCGUCCUUCACCGAUCUUUUAUCACCGCAAUACCAAGACGAUUCCACGGAAAUCUUAGAAGAGAACCUAGAUCCAUUUCCGGACGUUGAAUUCCACGCACCCAUUCCGCUCGAAGUUAAAUCGCAGCGGGUGACGCCAGUCAGUGAGACCCCGUCACCAACGCUUGGUCCUGCAUUACCGAGUUUUGAGGAAACGUAUUCGGUCCGGUAUCCAAAGCAAGAGAUGGCGGAAUUCGGGAUCAAAAUGGACGAAGAUUGUUACAACGUGAGCGCGUAUUCUCAUCAGGGACACACGUCUACGCAGCUCUUAUACCAAUAUCAUCAACCGGCUCUUCCUUACGUCCCCUCUACGUACUAUGCUCCGGCUCAACCGUGCAGUCCAACGUUUGACACGGGAGGUAUAACUCCAAAUCAAGAUUCUUAUUCUUUACCUCCUUUCCCAAGUUCAAUUGACUUACACGUAACGUCAGAUCAAGGAUCAAGACAACGUCGGUCAUCGCUACCGGUACAAAGAUCUGAGUCCAGCAGUUCUAAUGAUAGUCCAAAGCUGCAUGGCGGAAGAGUUCACUGCAUGCAAGCAUCAGCACCAAGUUCUGCAUCAAGUUCACCUGGUGGAGCUCCUCAAGAUAAUGCUGCUGCCCGCGCUGCUCCACCGUCUCCAAGUCAACUGUGUGCAGUUUGUGGCGAUACCGCAGCCUGUCAACAUUAUGGUGUUCGAACAUGUGAAGGUUGCAAAGGGUUCUUCAAAAGAACUGUCCAAAAAGGAUCAAAAUAUGUGUGUUUAGCUGAAAAAUCUUGCCCUGUAGAUAAAAGAAGAAGAAACCGAUGCCAGUUUUGUCGUUUCCAAAAAUGUCUCGCCGUUGGCAUGGUGAAGGAAGUUGUUAGAACUGACUCAUUGAAAGGCAGAAGAGGACGGUUACCCUCAAAACCAAAAUGUCCACAAGAGUCUCCUCCGAGCCCUCCUAUCUCUUUGAUCACUGCUCUCGUUCGAGCUCAUGUGGAUACUUCGCCCGACUUUGCCAAUCUCGAUUACUCGCAGUACAGAGAACCGAAUCCCAUGGAGCCUCCCUUAUCUGAUUUGGAAGUAAUUCAACAAUUUUACUCACUACUGACAACAUCUAUUGAUAUGAUAAAAGUUUUCGCAGAAAAAGUACCUGGAUUUGGGGACUUAUGCGUAGAGGACCGUGAGCAGUUAUUUGCAUCUGCGCGCCUUGAACUAUUUGUGCUACGACUUGCAUACCGCACGCGCCCCGAGGACACUAAGCUGACCUUCUGCAACGGUCUUGUACUCGACAAACGGCAGUGCCAACGAGCGUUUGGAGACUGGUUACAUGCAGUGCUAGAUUUCAGCAACACUUUACAUUCAAUGGACAUUGAUAUUUCAACCUUUGCCUGCCUCUGUGCAUUAACUUUAAUUACAGAGAGACAUGGCUUAAAAGAGCCACAUCGAGUGGAGCAGCUACAGAUGAAGAUAAUCGGAUGCCUUCGAGCACACAUGCCUGGUGGUGGCGGCAACGCAGUGGGCGCGCCUCACUUCAGUCGCGUGCUAGGCGCUCUACCUGAACUUCGAUCACUUUCAGUACAGGGCUUGCAGCGCAUAUUUUACCUCAAGCUAGAAGAUUUGGUACCCCCGCCGCCCCUCAUCGAAAACAUGUUUCAAGCUGAGAUCACGACCGGUUGA